AUUUAACUGGCAGCCACGCGCUCACUACUCCUGUUCCUGCUUUCAGGAGCCUCGUAGCCUCCGGGCGAUUAGAGGCGAUGCUCGAUACUGUAGGCCACCGCAAGCUCGUGGUCGAGGGAUUUCGAAAAGGAGCAGAAGGUCACCCUCUGAUGCAGAAUCCAGAUGCCCAUGGGUGUGGUCCGCAGGGAGAAGCUACGGCUGGAGCAACUCUUCGUCAAGGCGACGGUUGCGUGCUUCAGGCGUCCGUAGUUGGAAGCGAUUGGGUCAGAUCAUCGGGAUCAAGUUUAAACUUAGAUGAACAAAAUGGAUGGAUUGAUGUCACGUUUGCUGGUAGCAAACGAAAUCGGUUAAAUUCCAGAAUCGAGGAGGUGCCAGAUUUGAACAUGUCGUGUCUAAGCUGCAUUGGUGGUACAGAUGUGGAGCUCCGUACUGGGAAGAAUGCUGGUACAAGUACUACCGGAGAUAUUCCAUUUGAGAUUUGUGCAGACACCAACUGUACUCUGAAGAGUAGUAUCGGGUAACAGCUUUGUGUUCUGUGUUUCGUCUCAAACAUUGUAGUACAUUUCUUAGUAAUGAUUAAAGAAUUGCUUUGCAAAAUUUAAUUAGAUUGGGGAAACGGUGUAUGUCGUGUUUAUUUUGUGGUUACCUGCAGUGUUAGCAUGGAAGCUGCAAUGUUUAAUUUCAA